ACGAUAAACAACGCUUUCAUUCCCCCUCGAAAACGCACUUGUUCUCUCGCUUCUUUCGUCAUCGUCACCCCCGACACUAUCUGCCACGGUCAAGCAAUCCACACAGCCGGCCCGACCAUGUCGCAACGACGAGGAGAGCGGCCCGACCAAGCCCGAGGCACACAGACGACGACAGAGCAUCAGAAUGAAGACCAACCAGGGCAGCAGCAGCAGCAGCAGCAGCAGCAGCAGCAGUCGAGAGUCCUUCGCCUCCGCGGGGCCAGGCCCUCCAACGACCACUCGGUAAGGUGGGCAGAGGAUGUGGUGGACAAUGAAGGGCUAGGACGCAAGAGUUCCAAAGCUGACAAUAUGUGUGAUCGCACCGAAACAGUCUGCUGCAUAUACCAUCGGCCAAAACCAGUUGAUGAAUCGAGCGACGAGUCGUCGUCCUCGUCCGACGACGAUUCUUCCUCCGGAGACGACCACCACCAGGAACCUCAUCACCACGGCAAGGGUAAAGGGAAAGGGAAUGAUGACGCCUGCGGCGGACAUAGCCACGGGAAGAAGAAGCCGCCCAAGCAGAACAGGGCGCCGAGUCCGAACGCGUAUGAGAAGGUGCCCAAACCGAAACCGAAAGAGCCGACCGGGGGGGUGGGCAAGUAG